UGACGGUGCAGCUGGCCCAUGGACGGAGGCUGGCGCGGCGGGGGCGGGGCGGGAUGCGCGCCUGCGCUUUAGGGCGCUUAGGGCGCGGAGACAGGUUCCCGCCCGCGGGCUCGUUGCGGUUGCUGCGGCGCGGGGAGCGGGGCGCUAGGCGAAGGCGUGGGCGGGGGCUGGGGGUGGGGGGUGGCUCUGAGCUGAGCCGGGCAGGGGGGCUGGGGUUCGCAGGUCGAGGCCGGAGUGCGGUGGUGCGGAGCCCUGCCCCGUGUGGGGUCGAGCCUUCCCAUUGUACGCAGGGGGCCACUGAGGCGGACGCAGGCCUCAAGGUCGCGCCACCCGUCAAGGUCGAGCGGGCCCAGCACCCGACCCCGCGCGCAGCGGCAGAAGUGCGGACGGGCAUCGGCGGGCGGGAUUCGGGCCCGCAGCCGGCGUGGCCGUGCCCGGGCGAGGCCGCAGAGGAAGCUAUCAAGCCGGAGCCCGGCCAGGCCCAUACCUGCGAGGACUCUGUGCACGUUUCUGCCCUGUUGGAUUUUUCUUUUUGCAUCUGCCCCACCCCCGCACACCGCCCUCCACGGUCAGACGGUGCUGAUUUCUGGGGAACUGCAGGAAGAAGGAAGGAGGAGCCUGGCAUGACCUAGGCUGAGUCUGGAGCCCUGAAGAGAGAGUGACUGGUAACAUUCCCUCAGGCAAGAAGACAGGCAGCCCCAGUGCUCCGGGUUAGGGUUAGGUUAGGUUAGGUUCUGCUCAAGGUUGGGGGUAGGAGCGGCAUGCCUGCCUCCUCCCUGUGCCUCAGGCCUCAGGACCUGCUCUUUCCACCUUUUGUCUCCCAUUCCAACUGGAAAAGGGGAAUUUCCAACCUGGUGUGGUGACACAAGUCUGUAAUCCCAGCCCUCAGGAGGCUGAGGCUGGAGGGUCACCUUGAGUUCAAGGCCGGCCUAAACUACACAGCGUGAUUCUGUUUCAAAACAAGAACAACAGGCUGGGGAUUUAGCUCAGUGGUUCUGCUGCCUGCCUCAUAACUGCAAGGUCCUGAGUUCGAUCCCCAG